AUGCAUAUUGUUAACUUAUUACUGGCUUCAAAUUAUUUUUGCAUAGCUUCAUUGAUUAUAGCAAUUGGUAAAACAUUUUCAUAUGACGAAAAAUUAAUGUCGUUGUGUGGUAUACAACUUCUCGUGUGUCCAACAAAUCCAGAACGUUUUCUAGAUGAUGGCAUAACACUUGAACUGCCUUAUGCGUUAUCCGAGUGCGGUGGUGGAAAUGAAGAAAUUAACAUUCGACCAGAAUUAGUUGACGAUCAAUCACUGUCCACAUUUGUUCUUCGUGAUGGUUAUGAUUGCUAUGAAAUGCGGUCAUGGUCAGUUAAUGAGCUAACUAUUCUGGAUGAAUUUUAA